AAAAAAAAAAAAGGUUUAUAUCGCGGUUUUGCUACAUGUGCCAAUUUCAAUAGAACGGCAUACUCGGGCAAAAAUAUUUAAGUUUUUUUUUUUUUUUUUUUAAUUGCCGUGUUCUCAUUAAGCAAAAUCCAAUUUCGCAAUUCCAAUACGCAGCUAGCUAACGCAGCUCUUGUGGUUCAAUGGGUGAGAAACCUUUUGAGUGAUGAUACUAUGCGUUUUCCUCAUAAUGAAACUUUUCUGCCCUGAUAUGGACAAACUGCACCACAAUACGUUUUUAUCUCUAAGGUUUAACACUUUUGAGUGCAGCAGGGUUUGCAUACAGGCAAAGCAGAACGUCGCGGAACAGAUAGAACCCGUGCGGAACGCCUGUACUCCCUUCCCGGGACAAUGAGGCCGUGGCUGCUGCUGGUCUCUCUGCUCCUCUCUGACUUGAGUCUCCUUGGAGACGGGGACUGGAUUACGGAUUACUUUUACUGGCCUUUGUGCAGAAAACUGCUCCUCGGCAGACCCAGGGCACCUUCUGAAAAACUUCACACUGCGCACAGCUGUCCGUGCCUCCACAAGUACUGUGUGUAUAUGGCUGAGCAGCAGAUGCAAAGGAGCCUAUCUUUUUACUGGACACACAGACUCCAUUAUUCUAACCGGGAACCGGCAGGAAUAAUUCAGGGGAUUCGUUUUCCAGCACUGGCUGUGGCUUCUGUAAAUGGAGCAGGGAAACAUUUUCCAGCAUUUCUGGAAAAAUCCAACCUUCUACCUGCCCUUCAUGUUAUAAGCGAACCUGUUAAGAUUCCCAUAGAUGUAAUUAUAAACAGCCUCGAUUUCCUGUCGCCCUGGUUGCGUCGGCCGUCCAGCCGCAACUUUCCAUAUUUCUUACUGGAGAAAUCCGAGCUGCGCCGACAACUUAUUCCCGAUGCUGAGUUGCGGAAAAUAGGAUGCUGCGCAGCAACUGCACUGAUUGUCGUCUGCAGCUCCGAUGACAGAGAAUUGAAAUCGGCAAUCAGGAUUAAGAAAACAUGGGAAAAAGUUGUUGCGGAGCCAAGAAACAGACAAAAAGACAGAAUGUGGAAAGAAAUGAACUUAAAGGAGCCUCUACAGUCAAAGAUCCAGACACACAAAGAUAAUCUUUUAACUUUCAAAGAGGAUUCUGCUUUGCAAAAAAGUCUUUGGGAACAACUUUCUUCAAAAGCCGCAUCUAGUAGGGAUGCAGAUAGAGUUUACUUUCAGGGGCCACCCCUGCUGGCAUCCAAAAAGAACAAAGGAUCCAUAUAUAGGUCACAGUACGCAAUAAGGCCGGCCACGGAUAAUGAUAUUGAAUAUUUCAGGAAAGAGUUAAACACAAAAGAAGCCGAGCCGCACUCCCUGCAGGGAGGGAAGGAAGCAGAAAAUCCAAGCGCAAACAGAGAAAAAAAUGGAAACCAACAGAUUUUAGCAAGCAGGUUACAAAACCAGCGGACACAUCAAGCAAAUUAUGCAGAAACCAUGCCAUCUAAAACCGACAAAUCCAAAUGUAAAUGCCUUGUAGGGAUACGUAGCUUGUUUAAAUUGUACCUAAUAGACACAAUGGUGAUGACUGAUAUCAGAUUAGCUAAAAAAGUAUCAGAAGUUACUGCCACUGAGGAGAAUGUUGCUGUUAGAACCACAGAAGAGGCAAAAACAACAGCAGAGGAAUCAGUGACACCAACGCUGCCUUCAGUCAAAGAGAUCCAGACCGAAACUACAACAGCAAGGCCUCCGACUGAAGCAACCACGACAAAAAUGGAAAUCCAAGACACGACUGAAGUCUUCAGUCAAAGCAGCACAACUGACAUCCAGCCCCGUGGAGACCAGAGAUGGACGACGCUACCCGACCCAGAACCUGAAACGGACUCUGAGCCAAGAUUCAAGAAACAUACAACGCCCAACGCACGAGCUACGUCUAAUGUCCAGUUCUCCGGUCUCCGAAUGAGAGACGAUGGACAGGUAGUUGCAACAAAACACGGAGAGGACGCAGAGGACGAUGAGAAAGGUUCUGAGAACUGGGCUGGAGAGGACAGAAAACCCGGUCUGGUCCAUCAUGGAGGAGAAUCACAGACCUUUUCAAAAAGUUCAGAAGACAUCCGAAAGGAGGAUGCAGAAAAAGAUACGAAGGCACCUGACGGCCCCGCCCCGCUCUGCAGAGGUCUGAUCGACCGCACCGACGCCGGGUGGGCACACUGCCUGGAGAGGCGGGGCGGACCCCGGCCCAAUCCGCUCUCUGCCUGGGAAACCUCAGAUGUUAAAAAGCUGCAGAAAGACCCAUCAGGGGAAAUUAGCCAAAACCCUCUCAUCAGCGACGAAGAGGAUCACUUCUAUUAUUUUGACGGAGUGCUGAAAAGGGUUCAGAAUAAUGUGCGGGUCUACCACAGAAGGCAAAGACGAAGAAGACGGAGCUUUAGAAGCAGAGAGGAACAAGAACGACAUAGGGAGAUUCUCCAAAACUACAUCCAGAGGCUUAUUAAGAGGAACCAAGUCGAUCACUUAACAUGAUUAUUGCACAAACCUUAAGAGUGCAGGUUAAGAAAGGGAACACUCAGCAACUGUUUUCCUUCUGAAUGCGUUUCCUACAACAGCACCCCCUACAGGCAAGUUAAUGAAAUGCAAAAGUCAAGUCUGUUGAAAUGGCAUUUCCUCUUCAUUAAACUGAGCAAACAAGGAGAGACAAAACAAAACUGAGGCGGCAGACAUAUUUAAACAUUUUUAUCUCCAAUAUGUGUCUAGAACAGAAGGAGCAUGGUGAUCGUGACAUUAAAUAAGAGAUAGCAGCUUGUCCGCAUAAAAGAAAAACUUUUUAUGUGCGUUUUCACUUAAAUGUCAUUAUUUAAGAUUAGCACAUGACAGGUCUUGUGUAAACUACAUUAUUAAACUAUCCACAAGCUUUGAACUUUUCUCACAUUCCAUCCCAUUUCAAUUUAAAGUUUCAGAUUAUUAUUUCGUUGGGAUUUUAUGUGGAUUUUCAGUUUUUUUCCAAGGAAACAGG